AUGGAGGUGCUCAAGGAAGAACUCCCUCAAACACUGUGGUCGUGGGUAGCCUCGCUCAUUUUCGCUUCAGUCGUAACAGGAAUUGGCUUCUUCUGGAUUCAUCGAUGGCAUGGAUCAAAAAAAGGAAGAAAACGAGAGAAGCCGGAUGAAGUGGAAGAGAUGCCAUCCAAAAAACAGCCAAAAAAGAAACCCCGAAAAAUUCAGAAUCCAAAAGAGAAGAUGAUAGUGGCUAAAGAAAAGGCGACGCAACACCCAUUGUACAUAACGACAUUGAAGGGAUUCACCCAUGGGGUCACUUGUGUAUCAAUUAACCGAAGUGGCACGAUGAUUGUUGUUUCAUCAAGUGAUUCAACUCUACGCGUUUUCAUCGUCAGUGAUCCUGAGAAUCCGGUUGAAUCUCUACAAAAGCAAACAUACAUUCGAGGUUCGAUCAGUGGUGAUUAUUUCACUGCAGUGGAUUUGUCGGUGGACGACUCUUACAUAUUUGGAGCUACAGAGUUGAGCUGUAAAUUGAUCAAACUAGGUCGUAAAGAUGACCGCUCGGAGUUUGAACAAUCCGCAACAGCAAUACACAAAAAUUCUGUUCGGUGGCUCACGGCAUCAAGGGGACGGUGGAUUGUAACAGCAUCAUUAGAGACAGAUACAGAAAUCAAAGUAUUUGAUUAUUCCCUGAACUUGUUGGCUUCAGUGGAUACAAAACAGCUCAAAAAUGUUCAUCUUGGUGCGUCUCCAUCUGACGCUAGAUUUUUUGGCGCUGCUGCUUGGUCACCUGGUGUGAAAGUGAUGGAGAUUGCGUCUAAUUCACAAAGUCACGAAUUCAAGAAGUUGGUGAAAGCGAUGGAUCUCGCAACACCUUGCGGGGUUAACGCGAUCGCGUUCAGUUGCGAUAAUAAGAAAGCACUCCUAGCGUGUAAAGAAGGAACUUUGAUAUUAUGGAAUAUUGAUGUCAGAUACGAAGUGAAUGAAGAUCCAAAGCAACUCUUAACCGUCAAGGAGGAGCUGACACCAGAUUUCAAAGGGUAUUCACAAUUGAAUUUCAGCGCUGAUGAUUCAAUAGUCAUCGGAAUCGCAAACAGAACAAUACGGUUACUCAAGACGGAGGAUUUAUCGGUAGGCUCAUCUGCACCUCUUUAG